AUGCCAGGUGCAGCCUCGCCCCUCGCCCGCCCGCUCACACUUCAGGGCGGGCCCACCACCACCAUCAUCCCGCGCCUCAUCUACGGGACCGCGUGGAAAAAGGCCCAGACGCAAGGACUCGUUCAGGCCGCGCUGACCGCCGGGUUCCGGGGUAUCGACACCGCCGCUCAACCCCGCCACUACAAGGAAGCCCUAGUCGCCGAGGGCCUCCGCGCCGCCCUCCGGUCCGGCGCCAUCCCAUCGCGCGCCGACGUCUACGUCCAGACCAAAUACACGCCCCUCGAGGAGCAAGUGAGGCAGUCGGUUGAGUCCAGCCUCGCCAACUUCGCCGUGGGGGCGGCCGGAGGAGGUGGAGGAGGAGGGGAUGACGAGGCGUACCUGGACUGCCUCGUGCUGCACUCGCCCCUACCCACCAUACCCGAGACGCUGCGCGUGUGGCAGGCCAUGGCGACCUACGUGCCCCACAAAGUGCGCCACCUCGGCAUCUCCAACGUGAGCCUCCCCGUCCUGCGCGCCCUCUGCCAGGCCGCCGCCGCCACGCAGUCGCCCCACCCGCCGUUCCCCAAGCCCGCCGUCGUGCAGAACCGCGUGCGCGCCGGCUACUACCAGCCCGACCUGUACGCUUUCUGCCGCGACGAGGGCAUCGUCUUCCAGUCGUUCUGGACUCUCUCCGCCAACCCCAACCUGCUGGCCUCUGCUGCCGUUGCUGCCGUCGCCGAGGGCGCCGGUGUCUCCAGCCCCGUAGCAUUGUAUUCGGUGCUUCUCGGCUUUGAGAGAUUUACUGUGUUGGAUGGGACUACGAGCCAGGAGCAUAUGAAGGAGGAUUUGGAGGGCAUUGAAAAGGUUGGGGUCUGGGCUGCGGGCGAGGGCAAAGCUGUAUUUGAGUCGAGCGUUGUGCAGAUCAAGGAGAUGAUGGGCUAUACAUCCUGA